AUGAAGAGAGACGCGAAAGAUCAUGCCAGAAACCGUCUUAUGGAUUUCUACAUUCGCAAGGCUCCAACACAUUCGACUAUUGUCAAAAUCGAACAUUUCGAAACUGAUGCUCCAUCUGAGGUGAAAGGUUUCAAACCACUUGUUGUAUACUCUCUGAAUAAAAAGAAAAGAUGGGAGAUCGAUCAAGAAUCUCUCAAUCUUGUUGCUGGAGACGAUGAAGUGAAGUCGAUGAUAAUCGAGAGAGAAAUUCCAGAUCUUUAUUAUGCUUGGUGGAGUCUCCAACAUGUACACUCCCACGAUCGUAUCGAUCACUCGAAACCAAUCAACUCCACUGAAAUGGAUGAAGCAAAGAAAGAAGAGAAGGUGAUCGGAUACCACAUUAUUCGAAUUCCAAAGAACUACAAGAAGAUUUUCGAUAACAAGUGCUUCAGAUAUAUCGGAUUGAGAUAUCCCGAUUUCCUCGGGUACUCCACCAGAGAACUCUUGUCUCCUUUGGAAUACGAAUUGAAAGAAAAUGAAGGAGAUGAUGAACUUGAAGAUGAAGACGUCGAAGAAGAGAAAGUGGAUGUUGGGGAGACUGAAAAACCAACCAACUUCUAUAAUUUGACUGAUCAUUUCGUAGCAAAGAAACAAAGAAAACCAAAAGGAUGGAUCUCCGUCUGA